GUCCCUUCCCCUGCCCAUUGCCCGCCCCUCUCAGUGACCCGGCGCGGAUGGUUGCGGUGGGGUUUCCGCGCGAUGUGGAUGCUCCUCCCUCCCUUUUCCUGUUCCGGAGCCGGUGUCUGCCUGGCUGGUGCCCGGCCUGCGCCGCGGGUGUCUGGCUCCACGGGCUGCGAGGGGGUCUCGUUCAGGUGAAAGAUGUCUUUCCAUUCUGGACGAGGAUGCCCACGGGGUCGAGGAGGACCUGGAGUAAGAACGUCAACACAAACCUUCAGACCUCAGAACCUAAGACAGCUUCACCCUCAGCAGCCUUCAGUGCAGUACCAAUAUGACCAGCAAGUAGCUCCUCCGACUACCUACUCAAGCCCUCCAGCCACAGGCUAUGUGCCUCCCAGACCGGAUUUUAUACCAUAUCCGUCCCUGGUACCCCCUUCAGCACAGAGUCCAAUCAGCCAGUGUCCCAUGAGGCCGCCUUUUCCAAACCAUCAAGUAAGGCAGAGUUUUCCAGUCCCUCCUUGUUUCCCUCCUGCUCCUCCACCAGUCCCAAAUCCCAGUAAUUCCCCAGUACCAGGGGCCCCAUCUGGACAAAACACUUUUCCCUACAUGAUGCCGCCUCCUGCAAUGCCUCAUCCUCCACCACCACCGGUGAUGCCGCAGCAAGUUAAUUAUCAACCUGUCUACUCUACUGGCUAUUCGCAGCAGUCUUUCCCACCGCCUAAUUUUAAUAGUUAUCAACAUAACUCAAACUCCUUUCAGAGCAGCAAUAGCAGCAGUAGCAGUAGCAGUCAUUUCCGGCACACAAGCCAAUAUCAGGUAGAAAAGACCCAAAGUGAACGAAGGUCUCCGGAGAGGAGUAAGCACUACGAGGAGCACCGGCACCGCGAUCAUAGUCACGUGCAUGGAGACAGACACCGGCCCAGUAACCAUGGAGAUCGGCGGGAUCGAGGCAGGAGCCCUGACAGGAGAAGGCAAGAAAGUAGUCGGCACAGGUCAGAUUAUGACAGAGGAAGGACGCCGCCUCGCCACAGAAGUUAUGAACGAAGCAGGGAACGGGAGAGGGAAAGACAUAGGCAUCGUGAUAGCCGAGGAUCGCCAUCUUCAGAGAGGUCCUACAAAAAAGAUUACAAAAGAACCGGGAGCCGAUCCCCCAGCCGAGAGAGAAAGAGACCUCGAUGGGAGGAGGAGAGAGAGAGGUGGUCAGAGAAUCAGAGUGCCAGUAAAGAGAAGAGUUAUACUGCUAUUAAAGAUAAAGAGCCAGAGGAGAUCAUUUCAGAAAAAAAUGAAGAGGAAGAUGAAGAAUUGCUCAAGCCUGUGUGGGUUCGUUGUACCCAUUCAGAAAGCUACUAUUCAAAUGACCCUAUGGAUCAAGUGGGGGACUCCACGGUGGUUGGAACAAGUCGGCUCCGAGAUUUGUAUGAAAGGUUUGAGGAGGAGUUAGGAAAGCGACAAGAAAAAGCCAAAGCAGCCCGGCCACCAUGGGAGCCACCAAAGACCAAACUCGAUGAGGAUUUAGGUAAAUGCCACGUUGGCGAAGACCUGAAACCGAAGAGUUCCAGUGAGUCCGACUGUGACUCGGAUGACAAUAGCAGCUGUUCUAGCAGUUCAGAUUCUGAAGUGUUUGACGUUAUUGCGGAAAUUAAGCGUAAAAAAGCUCACCCUGAUCGUCUUCAUGAGGAGCUCUGGUACAAUGACCCCGGACAGAUGAAUGAUGGACCACUGUGCAAAUGCAGUGCUAAAGCCAGACGAACAGGAAUAAGACACAGCAUUUAUCCUGGUGAAGAGCCUAUUAAGCCAUGUCGCCCCAUGACCAACAAUGCUGGAAGACUGUACCACUAUCGAAUUACAGUGUCACCUCCCACAAACUUCUUAACAGACAGGCCAACUGUUAUAGAAUAUGAUGACCAUGAGUAUAUCUUUGAAGGGUUUUCUAUGUUUGCACAUGCCCCUCUGACAAAUAUUCCUCUCUGUAAAGUAAUCAGAUUUAACAUUGACUAUACAAUUCAUUUCAUUGAAGAGAUGAUGCCUGAGAAUUUUUGUGUGAGAGGACUUGAAUUAUUCUCUUUGUAUCUAUUCAGAGAUAUUUUGGAACUCUAUGACUGGAAUCUUAUAGGUCCUUCAUUUGAAAACAAUUCUUGUUGUCCAAGAUUUCAUUUCAUGCCACGGUUUGUGAGGUUUCUUCCGGAUGGAGGGAAAGAAGUGCUGUCAAUGCAUCAGAUCCUACUCUACUUGUUACGAUGCAACAAACCUUUAGUCCCAGAGGAGGAGAUUGCCAAUAUGCUUCAGUGGGAAGAGCUGGAAUGGCAGAAAUAUGCAGAAGAGUGCAAAGGAAUGAUUGUUACCAGUCCUGGCAUGAAACCCAGUUCAGUUCGUAUUGAUCAAUUGGACCGUGAGCAGUUCAACCCUGAUGUGAUUACUUUUCCCAUUAUUGUUCACUUCGGGAUACGGCCUGCUCAACUCAGUUAUGCUGGAGACCCUCAGUACCAAAAGCUAUGGAAGAGCUAUGUGAAGCUCCGCCAUCUGCUGGCUAACAGUCCCAAAGUCAAACAGGCUGAUAAACAGAAAUUAUCCCAGAGAGAGGAAGCGCUACAGAAAAUCAGGCAGAAAAACACAAUGAGACGAGAAGUGACAGUGGAGUUAAGCAGCCAAGGAUUCUGGAAAACCGGUAUUCGUUCUGAUGUCUGCCAGCAUGCAAUGAUGCUUCCUGUUCUCACCCACCAUAUUCGCUACCAUCAAUGUCUGAUGCAUUUGGACAAGUUGAUAGGCUACACUUUUCAAGACCGAUGCUUGCUACAGCUUGCCAUGACUCAUCCAAGCCAUCACCUAAACUUCGGAAUGAAUCCGGACCACGCAAGAAAUUCCUUGUCCAACUGUGGGAUUCGACAGCCCAAGUAUGGAGACCGAAAAGUCCAUCACAUGCACAUGAGGAAAAAGGGAAUAAACACCUUGAUAAAUAUUAUGUCCCGCCUUGGGCAAGAUGAUCCGACUCCUUCCAGGAUUAACCACAAUGAACGUUUAGAAUUUUUGGGAGAUGCUGUGGUGGAAUUUUUAACUAGUGUCCAUUUGUACUACCUGUUUCCAAGCCUAGAGGAAGGGGGGUUAGCUACAUAUCGCACUGCCAUUGUUCAGAACCAGCAUCUUGCUAUGUUGGCCAAGAAGUUGGAACUGGAUCGGUUUAUGCUUUAUGCUCAUGGACCUGACCUUUGUAGGGAAUCGGAUCUACGUCAUGCGAUGGCCAACUGUUUUGAAGCUUUAAUAGGAGCUGUUUACCUGGAGGGAAGCCUAGAGGAAGCCAAACACUUAUUUGGACGUUUGCUCUUUAAUGACAUGGACCUUCAGGAAGUAUGGCUUAAUUACCCACUACACCCACUCCAACUGCAAGAAUCCAACACUGAUCGGCAACUUAUCGAGACUUCCCCAGUCCUCCAGAAACUUACAGAGUUUGAAGAAGCAAUUGGAGUCAUUUUUACUCAUGUUCGGCUUCUGGCACGGGCCUUCACUUUGAGAACUGUGGGAUUUAACCACCUGACUCUAGGCCACAAUCAGAGGAUGGAAUUCCUGGGUGACUCCAUAAUGCAAUUGGUAGCCACUGAGUACUUAUUCAUACAUUUCCCUGAUCAUCACGAAGGGCACUUAACGUUGUUGCGAAGCUCAUUGGUGAACAACAGGACACAGGCCAAAGUAGCAGAAGAGCUGGGUAUGCAGGAAUUUGCCAUCACUAACGACAAGACCAAGAGACCCGUGGCUCUUCGGACUAAGACUUUGGCUGAUCUCUUGGAGUCUUUUAUUGCUGCGCUUUACAUUGAUAAGGAUUUGGAGUAUGUUCACACUUUCAUGAACGUGUGCUUUUUUCCGCGAUUAAAGGAAUUCAUUUUAAAUCAGGAUUGGAAUGACCCUAAAUCCCAGCUUCAGCAAUGCUGCCUGACUCUCAGGACGGAAGGAAAAGAGCCAGAUAUUCCUCUCUACAAGACCCUGCAGACAGUGGGACCUUCUCAUGCCAGGACAUAUACAGUCGCUGUUUAUUUCAAAGGGGAAAGAAUAGGAUGUGGUAAAGGCCCAAGUAUUCAACAAGCAGAGAUGGGAGCUGCUAUGGAUGCGCUUGAAAAAUAUAACUUUCCCCAGAUGGCCCAUCAGAAACGGUUCAUUGAACGGAAAUACAGACAAGAGUUGAAAGAAAUGAGGUGGGAAAGAGAGCAUCAAGAGAGAGAGCCAGAGGAGACUGAAGAAGUACGGAAAUAAAAGGAGGGCACGGAAACAGUGCCAUAUUUACUUACUUAAUAACUCGAUGGCCUAUGGAGACGUAACCUAGUUUCAUGCAGGUGAUGAAUGAAGCAUGCCUGCUGACAGCAAAUACAAAAUAAUGCUCUUUCUUAAAAAAAAAAAAAAAUAGUUUCUUUUAUUCUGUUUUAGCUGCAAAGUCUUGGGGACUUUUCCUAAGAUUUUUUUUACAAAAAGUCCUUUUAGCUUUUAUGAAAAGUUGUGGAGGUGUUUUUUUGUUUUGUUUGUUUUUAAUUUUGUCUUGUAUGAAACAAUA